CAACACCGGAGCAAAGCGAGUGCAAAUGAUGCAAAAGCUCGCGGCGGCCGGCGAGAAAGACGAGCCUCCAAAUCACAUAGAAUUAGAACUAUUUUGGGGGGCCAUGAACGACUGGAAGAUUCUCGACGAUGUCUUGGUGGCGGCGUUGCGAUCGACCUGGGAGGAGAUGAAUUCCGAGAAAAGCAGAACGCCGGUGGAAAAGAUUCUCAUGCUAACGGCAAUCCCGAACAGCGUGACCAAUUGCAUCCAACACUGCGUUGGCAACCUGGUGCGAGAAUUUGUUCGGCAAACUAAGUCGGACGGUCGAAAGGUCAACUAUACGGCCGGCUGCGACGCGAUGGAAGACGAGAUAAGGGCCGAGCACUACCGAAGAUACCUUGCAAUGGUGAAGGAUUGUGCGUGCGAAGCGGUCAUCGAGUUCGACGAGGCGUACACAAGGUACCACGACAAUUUGGAAAUGACCACGGCGCAAAUGGAAACCGAACCGGUUCGCUUUGCAGACAGACCGAUGCACUGCGACGACGUCGAUUUCCGUGCCCAAAGCCUUCGGCACGCAGUUUUCUGGCCUGAGUUUCACGAGUCUGCUCAAGGCGGUGUACUUCUCGAAUUCGACGCCCGCGUUUAG